AUCCUUUUUGGAGAUUAAUAUUUAAAAAAAAAAAAAAAGCAGAGGGGAAGGUGGGAGCAAGCGAGAAGGCGAGACACACAGAGAAAGAGAGAGAGACACAGAUCCCCACAGUGAGAGAAAGAAAGGCCACAGUCGCCGGCAGCCAAUGUGAAGACUGGACUCCGUGUGCCCCUCGCCGCCUCUGCCCGGCCACAUCGAUGUUGCAGCCCGCUCGCCCGCAUCACGAUGAACGCGCAGCUGACCAUGGAGGCGAUCGGCGAGCUGCACGGGGUGAGCCAUGAGCCGGUGCCCGCCCCUGCCGACCUGCUGGGCGGCAGCCCUCACGCGCGCAGCUCCGUGGGGCACCGCGGCAGCCACCUGCCUCCGGCGCACCCGCGUUCCAUGGGCAUGGCGUCCCUGCUGGACGGCGGCAGCGGAGGCAGCGAUUACCACCACCACCACCGCGCCCCUGAGCACAGCCUGGCUGGCCCCCUGCACCCCACCAUGACCAUGGCCUGUGAAACUCCCCCAGGUAUGAGCAUGCCCACCACCUACACCACCUUAACCCCUCUGCAGCCGCUGCCGCCCAUCUCCACUGUGUCCGACAAGUUCCCUCACCACCAUCACCACCACCAUCACCACCACCACCCACACCACCACCAGCGCCUGGCGGGCAACGUGAGUGGUAGUUUCACUCUUAUGCGGGAUGAGCGCGGGCUAGCCUCCAUGAAUAAUCUCUAUACCCCUUACCACAAGGACGUGGCUGGCAUGGGCCAGAGCCUCUCGCCCCUCUCUGGCUCCGGUCUGGGCAGCAUUCACAACUCCCAGCAAGGGCUUCCCCACUAUGCUCAUCCCGGAGCGGCUAUGCCCACCGACAAGAUGCUUACCCCAAAUGGCUUUGAAGCCCACCACCCUGCCAUGCUCGGUCGCCACGGAGAGCAGCACCUCACGCCCACCUCGGCCGGCAUGGUGCCCAUCAACGGCCUUCCUCCGCACCAUCCCCAUGCCCACCUGAAUGCCCAGGGCCACGGACAGCUCCUGGGCACAGCCCGGGAGCCCAACCCUUCGGUGACCGGCUCGCAGGUCAGCAAUGGAAGUAAUUCAGGGCAGAUGGAAGAGAUCAAUACCAAAGAGGUGGCUCAGCGUAUCACCACCGAGCUCAAACGUUACAGCAUCCCACAGGCCAUCUUCGCGCAGAGGGUGCUCUGCCGUUCCCAGGGGACCCUUUCGGACCUGCUGCGAAACCCCAAGCCCUGGAGCAAACUCAAGUCCGGCCGGGAGACCUUCCGGAGAAUGUGGAAGUGGCUGCAGGAGCCGGAGUUCCAGCGCAUGUCCGCGCUCCGCUUAGCAGCUUGCAAAAGAAAAGAGCAAGAACACGGGAAGGAUAGAGGCAACACCCCCAAAAAGCCCAGGCUGGUCUUCACAGACGUUCAACGUCGAACUCUACAUGCAAUAUUUAAGGAAAAUAAGCGUCCGUCCAAAGAAUUACAAAUCACCAUCUCCCAGCAGCUGGGGUUGGAGCUGAGCACUGUCAGCAACUUCUUCAUGAAUGCGAGGAGAAGGAGUCUGGACAAGUGGCAGGAUGAGGGCAGCUCCAGCUCAGGCAACUCAUCAUCGUCAUCAAGCACUUGUACCAAAGCAUGAAGGAAGAACCACGGACUCGAACCUCGGUGGAAAAGCUUUAAAUUUAAUUUAAAAGGAAAAAAAAAAGUUUUUAAAGACCAGGACCUCAAGAUAGCAGGUUUAUACUUAGAAAUAUUUGAAGAAAUAAAAGUGGUAUUUAUAGUCCAAAGAAACCAAAGACUGAAGCUCACCUGCAUUCUGACUUUGUUCCGAGAGACAUACUUCAGCGGGGCAAGACUUGGCAAGAAAAACGAUGAUCGAAAAACAUCGGAUCUCACGCCUUCAACCCGAGCGCCUCACUGUGCGUGGCUGCUCCGUGGCUCGAAGCACAGUAAUGUUUGAGCCGUCGAGCGGUCAUCUUUUAAGAUCAGACAUUCUCAUCUCUCCCACCACGCCACGAAGGUGUAUAGUGUCUCAAUAUCUUGUGUUGGUGGGUGUGCGGAUCUCCGCACACCCAUCCGCCACCACCAGUGGUUAGGGACUCAGGCAGGGCUGGUCUUCAGGAAGGGUUGCACCAGAGGAGUGUGACCAACACAGUGUGGGAUUUCUAAAUUCAUUGGAUGGAAGGUGUGAUUUCUCUCAUCUAGCCUAGUGUUUGAACCUGCCAGGCCCACAACCUAAAUGCGGAUUCAAACCCAGCAAAGAAAAUUUGAAUGGCGCCUAAACCAGUGCACUCUCUUUGUUUGUUAAGAAAUGUUCAGAUAUUUUUUAAAAAAAAAAUGAAACAAGAGUCCAUCCAUUAAAAAAAAAUAUCACCCAGGUACCAAAGAACACACAAUAUUAUAGUGCAGGUAUUUUAUUGCAAUGAUUUUAAUAACCAAAGCUAUUUUUACACAAGAUACUAUGUAAAGUUAUACGUAUGAACUGACCUAGCUGUAAUCCACAUGCCACGUAGAUUCAGGACUAUUAUGUAUGACUCUUGAAGCAUUUGAGAUGUGAGUUUUCAGACUAGCAAGGAAGAAUGUAGCUUCAGGGAAGCAGUUACCACCAAGGCAGAGAGGGCGGCGCGGUGCACAUGGGAUCUGGAAAUGUCACCGACCCAGAGAAAAGACAAAAUGCAUAAUCUGCUCACAGCCAAGAAGAUGUGAGGACCCUUUCAGAGUAGGUUCCCGUAUAAACACUAAGAAACAAAGCUUAACAUGACAGAUAACUAAAUUUUAAAAAUUGUCUAAAGUGAUCAUUUUUAGUAAAAGCCCUCCUUAAAAAAAAAAAACCUAGACUAAUUUUGUUUAAAUUACUUAGCACCAAAUGCUUAUUUUUAAAUUCUUCCUAAACACUAAUGAAGACAGCAGAUCAAUAUGAAUAACAAUUAGUUAUCCUGUAUUUUGUAGCCAUCCUAAAAAAGCAAUUAGACUAACUUGAUUGUCAGUUUCAGAUGUUGUAUCAGGCAGACGUCGGGAAAACAACAGGUGCCUCUGAGAAGCAGGAGCAUAGGAAGCCUGCAUAGAAAAAGCCAGAGCGCCAGCCUCACACAAGACUUGGUUCUUUCAGAAUUAACAGAUGCAUUUUACUAAGCAUAGCAUCCAAAGCAUUUACGUUCCUUUUCACUAUAAAAUCCUGGAAUUUUAUCUCAUGGCUUCUCCUCUCUGGCAGGGACCUAAAUUAAAACCUAAGCUUUCUAAUCAAAGUUUUAAAUUUUGACUUUUUCCAAAUCAUUUAACUGGGGCUGCACAGACCAAGGCAGGAAGCAAACACAACGUUCUAGAAAUCAUUUGCCACUCAGAAACACUCUGUCUGAACUCGGCCGAACUACCACUGAUGUGAGCAGACAGUCGCUGCACAGGGAAGUCAGGAAUGGGGUACCCUCAGUUAAUAUCACACCCAGCUAGAUACAUAACACCGAAAGCUAUACUAAUAGUAAGCUAUCCGUUGAAAUUCACUAAAAUGCCAAACGAAUUUUAAAAUGUAAAAAUUAUAUAACACAAAAUCUCACUCCUGGGGGCCAAGGGUCGGCCCCCAGAGAGAGGCGCCUAAGCCAACCAGCGAACCAUCCGUCUCCUUUCCGAUCUCUGGCGAUUGUGCAAAGGAAAUCAGCAGGCGCCUUGCUGUUUUGUCGUAGUGUUUUUUUAAAAGUUCGCCCAAGAUUGCAACUUGAAAGUGUUUCUUCUAAAUAUGGCACAAUUCUAGUCCAAUCAUGAAUAACCAGUAAAUUGCCACCCUUCGAGAUUUGCCGAAGUUUUCAGUAGCAUAAACAAAAGCUAAAAAUAGAAAUAUUGUUUUCUCCCUUCAUAGUGGAGUGAGCUGGGGAGUACAUUUAUAAUUUAAGAGGGGGCAUAGCCUUAUUUACUUAAAACAAGGGAAUUAAAAAUUCAAGGGAAACCUAACUGUGUCUACAUAGUCUUACCAACUUUCAAUACUCCAAGAAAAAAAAAAAUAGAAAAGAAAAAAAGAUUCACUCAACCUGAGACUUAGCUUGGCUUUUACCGUGUUACUUCCAUGAUUAACCCAACUGCAUGUUUCAGUUUUUUCAAGCCAAUCAUUUUGGUACUGUGGAGGCACAGUCUUCAAAAAAAAAAAUAUAUGACUACAUUUUAAAAAUCCCACCAUGAUGGUUAUCUGAGAAAUAACCAGUUACCCUACUUGCUGACACCAAAGAUGACUUCAUACCAGCAUUAAAUUUGCACCAAUUACACAAUUUCAGGGCCUAGAGAUUUAUUUUCUCGUAAACAAGGGCACAAGUCAGAGCCUGAAGAGCAAUUUUCUUACUUGACCGAGCAUACUCCAAACUUUUGCUUCUUAGAAACCGUAGCAGAUACACUCAGCUUUCCUAAGCAAUACCUUCUCACACCCUGUAGGAACAGCUCUUCCUUUGCUUUGGAAUCAGCGUUCAGAGGUCAUGUUUCCAUUCCUGUUUUAUGGCUCUGCUCAUGUUCUCCAGAGCAGAUUUCACACCAUCUCCUCAAGAGCUUGUCCCUCAUCACUACCCACAAUGCAAACAGAACCAGACUUCAAUUUCAAACACCUUCCUACUUUCUUCCUCUCUUUCCUUUCUUUCUUUGUUUUGUUUAGUGUUUUGUUUUGUUUUGUGUUUUUGGCCAUAUGUCAUUCCCGGUCCUCAAAUAACAGGAAGCUUUUGCUGAAAGCCAGCAGGAAUGUUUGGAGUCUGGAGACUUUAUAAAACUUGGAUCUCAGUAACUGUCCAGAUAGAGGAAUUCUGGAUGCCCUGGGCUGAGUACUCCUGUCUCUGAGCAUUCCAAAGACCAAAGAAAAUGUAUGAGGAGAUCCACAAGUUCUAACAGAACUUGCCACUCGUCACGCUCCUCAGUCCCCCCAGAAACACGUAAUUAUUUUCCCAGAACAACAUGAAAGCAAUUGCUGCAUUUGGACUCUCCCAUUGCUCCCCCAGGUGAAGAACCGUCUUUGCAGGCUAACUGUAACUUUGCUAUACCAAAGAGUCUAAGGACACUUUCCUUACGGUCCGUCCUCCCUCCUUUGUACAGACAGGAUGAAACUAUGCAUUUAGCAAACAAAGAGAAAGCACGGCUCCCUUUUCUAUCUAGUUGUUUAGGGUGCAUUCAAAUACCAGAGGCCAUUUGGGGGAUGCACUUGGCCUUCUGGGUUAUUACUGUGGUGUGGGUUUGCUCUACAGUGCAUUGGGUAACUACUCCCCAAAUAGUGUGGACAAAGAAGCAGAAGGUAAGAAAUAGCUACUUCCAUGUGUUUAAAAGAAAAAAAAAAAAGAUUUAAAAAAAAAAUGAAAAAAAAAGAAAAAAGAAAAAAAAAGAAAAAAGUGUAAAGAUCUACUAUUUAUAGUGUGAACCAAAGACGCUACCUCACUCAAUUUCCAUUGGUGAUUUUAAUCACAUUGAUAUACCAAAGAAUACCAAAGAUAUUUUCAUGCACGGCCCUGGUCUGCAGAGGGAACUCCGCCCCGCCCCUUCCCCGCCUUCUCCCUCUUCACUCAGUGUGUAAAGUUGUCUUCAUUCUUACUAACAACACGAGACCGAGAACAACGACAUUAGGAACUCUUAUUCCUGCUACUUCUGGAAAUCUCUAGGCAAACACGUUGCAAAGUUUGUAAACUCCUAGGACGAGUGCCUUGCUUGAACCAAAGUGUUAAACCGCUGUUAACCUCUCUCACCUUAUACUCUUUGAAUACCUCAGCCUCUUAGAAAGGCCACUAAUGAAAAAAAAAAAAAAGGAAUAAUUAUUCACCGUGGUGCUUUUUCUGCGCAACCAUGCAAUGAAACUUUCUUUGAUACCAAAGGAUGACUUCCCCCACCCCCAAUUCUUGCUGAUAAACCAAAGCUCCUCCUCUUACUUCUCCCUGAGGCCCUCCCCGCCCCUUCCCGGAGGAGUCCCUUCCCCAGGCAGGCCGUGCGUCACUUUUACCAAUUCCUUCAAAUACCUCAUAGUAAUAAAACGUUAGGGUUAUGUUGUAUAGAGAGUCUAUGUGAUAAGGCAGAACUUAACUAGUUUGUUAAUUGUUAAGGUUACUUUAAAGAAAAAAAAAACCUUUAUAAUUCUUAUUUAUUUUGUAGCUGUGUGUUUGGGUGUUCCCUCUCCCCUCCCACUUUGGUUUGGGGUUUGUUUUCUUGGCUGGACUCAGUUGCUCAAGGAAGAGUUAAUUUUUGGGAAUGUUCCCCAAGUGGGUUAAAAGUUAAGGGUUGUGUAAAAAUGCAAGAAUGGAAUAAGAAAUGAUUUUCAUUUUGAUCAUUACUUAUGAAAGUUUGUGUUUUGUAGAAAAUUUGUUUCCACAGGGUAAAAAAAAAAUAUAUAUAUAUAUAUAUAAUCUUUUUGUGAAACUGGUUCCUAUUUUUCUCUAUAACGUGCUGUGAUUUGUUUUAAUUUAAUUACAUUUUAUAUGAACUUAUUUAAUCACUUCGUUAAUUUAUGACUUGUAGUUUUUACGGUGUAUAUAGUACAAUGAAAUGGCCAAAACUUUAUGUUACAAUCUCUUUUGUUCUUGAUGCUAAGCUGGAGAAAGCCUCUCUUGCCUUCGGAGUGUUAGCUUUAGUUUGUUCCUGUUGAGCACACCCGCUGUGUUCUCAAUACUGCCAGCUCCCCCUCGAAAACGUGUACAUGCCAAAUGAGUGUACCAAGGUAGAACGAUAGAAGGCAUUACCUGCGGUUUCUCUUUAAUUUAUUAUUAUUUUUCAGAAGAAAAAAAAUUAUUUUGCAGGUAAGACCUGAAACUUCAAAGAGCUUAAGACCUUCCCCAAUGUCUCACAGUAUCUGUGUCUGUGGGAUACUUUGCUCCACCCUGCUUCUGUUCGUUUUUAGCUAUCCAGGCAUGGGUAUAAGAAGUCAAAGUAUAAAAACCUAAAGAGACAAGCUAACUUGAAUCCGGAAACUCUCUCAGUGCUAUUGUUUCUGCCCUUCUGGGUGACAGCCUCUCCACCAAGACAACCUUCCCACCAAGCUGUCUUUAAGAAAAAGACGGGACUGGGGGCCACUAACUUCCCAGCAGCCCAUGCAAGAAGUAAAACAAAUUCACUUGGCUUAAUGACCACCCUAAUUUAGGAAAUACAUUAAGAGUGCCACACCCCUGCUCCCCACAACUGCCCCAUCCUUGCCUUCUUAUGUGUACCUACCCAGAUGGGAAGGACUCUAGGGAUCCUGGGGGGAGACUGUACCGCAGAGCAAUUUGAAUUUGUGUUUUCUUACUCUCCAUCUCCUAGACAUGAGCCUUGGCCAGGCCCCUUAGCCAAGGUGGGUCUGGUCCUUGAUCAGCACACUCAGAACCCUCGAGGACCAGGGCCGCCCUCACAGGUGCCACGGCUCUGUCAGUCAGCUUUCCUGACGUAGUAGGUUGCUUAGAUGCAUUGGUGUCCCCAACACCCCCCUCAACGCAGACAUUUGGCCUUCUUUUCUUCCGCAGGCAUGUUUGGGGUAGGGAAGGAGAGGGGAGGGUACAGGUUUCUGGUCAAGAGGAACCUUUUUAUACUGAUUGUGUAUGUGAAUAGGUAAGAAGUCCACUCUUAGCCCAGGCAUCAGUGCCCCGGGAGUCACGAUGCUGACAGAAGGUUUUGAAAGGUUGGCAGUGAACUUCAAAGCAGCAUUAUCUUUAUAAGGUCACACUUCUAUUUCUAUGUUAGCGUUGAUUAUUUUUUAUAGUAUGUUCUGCAUUUAUUUCGUAAUCAUUUUGGGCUCAUUUUUGAAUUGCCGUCUGAACCAACUGACAAUUACUAAUAAGAAUAAACUUUAAACCACUGCCUUCCACUUGUUUUGCUAGCUGUUUCAUGCCUUGCCCCCCCUCAGUUGCUGUCUCCCCCCAAGAACCAGCCCAUCUGUCACUCACCGAGACCUGUCCCUUCCCCUUUUUCUAUUUUCAGCACACGUUUGACCUCAGCUAUUGGAAGAGGAGUGUGACUCAGUUUCCCUGUUCAAGUUAGCUUGAUGGUUUAUUAUAUAAGGAGGGUGCCUAAGACAAUCAUCAGGUAAAAAUUAAAUAGAAGAUCAGUAGAGUAGAAAGUCUUCCAAGGGCAGGGGGAGUUCUUCCUUAGCAAUGAAUAAAAAAACAACUGAAAAGCUAAAUACAUGAUUAUUUAACUACACACCUAACCAUGAGGGGCUUAGGAGAUUUUUGAUAGAAGACAAAUGUUACUGUCCUUUUCUCUGUCAAUUAGAAAACGGUGGUAGUUUCUACACUGCAUCAACGCGUCGGAUGAAAUGAUUAUUGUACCCGGUCACAGUCAUUUGCUGAGACUUUGUCUUUCUCUCUGUUGAUGCUUCUUCUGUAUUUUUCGUGCGUAGCGACAAAAUGUGUCGUGUGUUAGGCAUUCUUCUGGUUUGUACUGCAUUAAGGUUUCUUUCUUUCCUUUUCUUUUUUUUUUAAUUUUUUUGAGCUUCAAUACUGUUCUCUCUUUAUGCCGUGCAAUAUCAUCUGCUGUGUUUGCUAAAGAAAAAGAAAAAGAAAAAAAAAAAGCAAGUGGUGAUGUCAUCACGCUUCCAGUGUUCCGAUGUUUCCGCAUUUGUGUAGUCGCCGAGAUGUAGUGAAUAAAAUGUUGGGUUUCCCAGCACUUUA